GGGAAAACAAAAGAAAAGCAAAGCAAAGCAAAGCAGCUUUGGGUUCCUUUCCCAUUUCAGCCUCUACCUUCCAAUCUCUCUCACCCGCUCUCUUCGGCAAACCCUCAACGCAAGAUCAAAUCCUUUUUGCCUCUAAUUCGUUCCCCGAAUCAAUCAGCCGGAGCUUAUGAUCUCGAAUUGAUUAAGUCAUUGCUCGCGUCAAAUAUGAUCAACCUGCGUCCUUUAUGUCUCAUUCCGUUUCAAUAGCUCAAGAUGAUUGAAGAUCAUUAUAAUUCAACUCGUUUGAAGAGACUGUGGAUGGCUUUUAAAGAGGACACUAAUGCAUCUGCGCAAAAGUCUUUAACCCGGGAAGACUCUGAGAUAUGUAAGACUGAAUUGGAAUCUCGUCGGUUUCAGGUAGAUAGUUUAGAAGCUGAGCUUUUGGAUGUCAAGGCUUGCCUUGAGUUUGGUUCAGAGGAAGACGCCAGGAAGGAGUUAGGUGUUCUUUCUGGUAGGGUGAGAACGACUGCGACAUUGUUGCGGUACUUGAGAUCAAAAGCCACAGUCUUGGCCAUUCCUGAUCUAUCUCAGAUGGUACUUAAAGACGGUGGUGGUUCAUCUUCCUGUGAAGAUACAUUGUCUGAAGCUAGAAGUCACUGUGGUGGCUCCUUGGGUGUAGAGGAUGGAGCUUAUACUAGUGAGAUGCUCCAGUCCGUAGAGAUGGUUACUAACGUGCUUGAGUUUCUUGUUAAGAGAGUUUCAGUAGCGGAAUCUGAGACUGCUGUGCAAAAGGAGAUGGUACUCUUGGGAGAGGAAGAGCUUAGUAAGAAGACGGUCCAAAUCGAGAAUCUGGCUGUAAAGUUACAAGAGAUGGAGCGGUUUGCCCACGGGACGAAUAGUGUUCUGAGCGAGAUGAGGGAAAGGAUUGAGGAGCUAGUUGAAGAGACGAUGAGACAGAGGGAGAAAGCUGUGGAGAAUGAAGAGGAGCUGUGUCGUGUGAAGAGAGAGUUCGAGUCGCUUAAAAGCUAUGUCAGCACUUUCACCAACGUCAGGGAAACGCUUCUUUCGUCCGAGAGACAGUUCAAAACCAUCGAAGAGCUCUUUGAACGGUUGGUGAGUAAGACGACACAACUAGAGGGGGAGAAGGCGCAGAAGGAGGUUGAAGUUCAGAAACUGAUGGAAGAGAAUGUGAAGUUGACGGCACUUCUUGACAAGAAAGAAGCUCAGCUUUUAGCUUUGAAUGAACAAUGCAAAGUUAUGGCUUUAAGUGCAUCAAACAUGUGAACAUUUGCUUAUUUCUUCGCUUCAUCUCUUGUUGUUAUGAUUUUUUCUCUUUCUUGAGACAAAGACAAUGGUUUUGACGAAGAGAAGAUCUUCCAAAUUGUUGCAAA